AUGUCGAAGCUCACCAAGGUCAACCAUGCGGCUGGCAUCUUUGCUGAUAUCUCCGUUGAUGGCCCGAUCAUUGGAACCCUGGUCGCCAUUAUCGACCGGGCCAAGAACCUCCCCAACCGAAAAACCAUGGGCAAACAGAACCCAUACGCUGCAGCACGGCUAGGAAAGGAAGCAAAGAAAACACAAACGGAUUUGAGAGGAGGACAGACCCCCAGAUGGGACUCGGAACUUCGCUUUACUGUGCACGAGUCACCCGAUUACUAUAAGCUCAAAGUCUCCGUGUUCAAUGACGAUAAGAAGACCGACAUGAUUGGCGAGACCUGGGUCGAUCUACAGAACCUGAUCAUUGCCGGUGGAAGUCAGAAUGACCACUGGCACCCAUUGCAGUGCCGUGGAAAAUAUGCAGGAGAGAUCCGGAUUGAGAUGACUUACUAUGACACCCGGCAGCAAGAUGAAGCUAUAAUUGAACGCAGACAAGAAGCAGCAGACAGAGUUCAAGGAAAGAUCCCAAGCACUCCAAGCGCCACAGGCUUGUCUGGCCCCCGACAGCUCAAGGACGUUAAACGACGACCAUUGCCAAGUGGUCCUGCUGGAGCACCGCCACCACCGAGGCCAGCUGUACUUGAACAAACUCAUUCAGCUCCUCCGCUUCAUCACCCGGCUCCAUCGCGCCCCGCCAUUCCCGAGCAUUUGAACUCCGUUUCAAGUGCUCCUGAGCCUAUCGUCCACCCAAUGAGGCAAUCAGAGCCUGUGUAUGACGCGUCGGCAUAUCGCGCGCCUUCCCCUGCACCUCCCCCUUCUCGAGGUGGAUAUGAUGGCGCCGAAGCUUAUGCACCAGAAUGGGAAAAUCCGGCUGUCGCCCCUCUCCGCAGACCAAAUACCCAUGAAGUGCCAUACGCCCCUCAGGAAGUAGUUCAAGCAACAUAUGACACGCGUCCACUACAGCCUCGAAGCCAGUCCGAUUAUGAUCAACCACCUUCCCGAGACUAUCGAAUGGCCCGGGAACAGACGUAUGAGCCGGAUCCUCGAGAGGUGAUGUAUCAUUCUGGACACCAAGACCCGUAUAUUCAACCCGAACAGCCCAGAUACAGCGCAGAUCACAUGUCCUAUGGUGCCCCGCCCACGCGUGAACUGCCACCAUCGGAAUACAUGGUGGAUCCUGCGCACGACACAAUAGAUGAUAUGAGGUAUCGUCAGCGUGGUGCCCGGCCCCUGCAACUCACCGCCCGUCCCCAUGAUUGGCAUCCAGAGUACGCCGGGAUGCAGCCACGAGUAGAGGAUGAAGACGACGAUCUGGCGCCGCCCCCACCACCGGCACAUCGAUCACGAAGGGCAAACUCCCAGUUGCCUACCCCAAACACAUCACCCAGCCCAUAUGCUUCCUACACGCCUCGAUCUGCACCCCGCUCCCCAGCCGCCCAUAUCCCAUCAAGCAUGUCAACACCGUCCCGUAGCCGCUACCAGGAGCCUGCUUCUACAAGAGGCUCGCCUGCCGUUCCCGCUAGCCUUGUCGCCGGGUAUGAAACCGAAGACUCGUCGGAAAGGGCAGCCUUCGAGAGGUCGGCACGCAGGCCUAGCAACCCUUGGGAUGAUGAGAUGAUGUUUACCGACGCUCCUGCGCCAGUUCCUGUUGCAGCACCUGCUCACUAUGACGCGCCUGUCUACCCAUUGCGAACAUCUCCGCGUCCCGCCAUUGACCAAAGACCUGUAUCUAGCAGAGGCGUGAGUCCUGAUACGAGGGCUGUUACUCGCAAAUCAGUCAGCGUCAGCCCACGGCCUUCUUCCUCUGAUGGCCGCGGUGGCUCAUCCGUCCCAUUCUCUCCCGAUUCAUACGCCUCUCUGAAUCCUCAUACAUCCCGACCCUCCAGCAGGGAUCCUUCACCGAUGUAUGACACGCCCUCUCAGGCUAGAGAUGCUGUUGUGCGCGGCAAGACUGAACCCAGACGUGAUGCGGACCAACCAAUCAUUGGAGACGAUGGGCGUGAGAUCGAUCCCUCUGACCAUUUGCCCACCGAUACAUGGGCACCCGAACCGGAAAGGAAGAACCGCAAGCCAGAGGUCAUCAUUCGCUUCAAGCACUCGCCUCGGCCAACAUCUCGAGGCAAUGACGCUCCUGCUCCUGCUCCUCGUUCAUCCGGUCCGCCUCGUGUAGGAUUCAGUCCUCACACCACCACCUACCCCGCGGAUCGCCAGAUCAAAUACACACCCACACAUCACGCAAAUCCUGGGGCAGUCGUUCGGACUCCUCCUCGAGCUGACUACUCUCGUGGACGUUCCGACAGCUAUCAAAGUCGAGGCUACAGCACACCCACUUCGACUGACCGCCCACGCUCCUCUAGAGGCUCCGUCUCGCCGACUCCCAGCGCCCGGUCCCCACUUUAUGACUAUAACACUGGCCCACCGAUCCCCAGCAAAGUUCCCAUCUCUGGUGGUAGCCCCAGCUAUCCCGUAAUGUCUGGAAACCCCAACAUGGGUCGCAUGGAUGCUCUGAGCAGAGAGCUCAGCACUAUCGACAUCGGCUCUGCCGGAUGCAGCCCUGGUCGCGGCGCCAUGCGAAAAUACAUCCCUCGUGCACCUGCAUCGAUGGGAUACGCUAGUUAA